AUGGACGACUCCAACUCACCCCAUCCCACAGCAUCCUUUGCUUUUAGAUCCACAACUACAACCACAACGUCAACCACAACUCCUCAGAGCAGUUUCUUGAGAAGCCAUUCUUCUAAAGAAACACCUUUCUCAAACUUUCUUCACUCCCCACCACGCCUCUCUUGCCCCACUCUUUCUCGCAGCCUCCAAAACUCUCCUAUUUCCUCCCCUCUUCAUCGACAUAACUUCUCUCCCCCACCCUCUCCUCCUUCACCCACUAAACUCUCUGAUUCAGACCCUCAAACCACUUACCACUGUGCCUCUUCUGUCCUCAGAAACGAUGGCCAGAUUCUCUCCAUUGCCUUCUCCUCAAACGGCUUGGUCUACACGGGCUCUGACUCCAACCUUGUUAGGGUGUGGAAGCUCCCUGAGUUCACCGAAUGUGGGCAACUCAGGACCAAGGCUUGCAGGGUGGUGGCUCUCGAAGUGUCCCAUGACACGGUCUAUGCAGCCUACGGUGAUGGCAAGAUAAGGGUGUGGAGAAGAACUUGGGAUAAGGUGCUGAAGCAUGUUCGAUUGGCUACCAUCCCUAAGACGCUCGGCUAUGUCCGCAGCUACAUCGCCGGCAAAGACAAGACAAUACACAAGGGGAUAAUCACAUCAAUGGCAAUCAACACAGCAGAGGACAUUCUAUACACUGCUUCCCUGGACAAAACGGUGAAAGUGUGGCGAAUCUCAGACCUUAAGUGCAUAGAGACCAUAAAGGCCCACCCUGAGCCAAUAAACGCCAUGAUUGUGGCUGAUGAUGGGGUCUUGUACACAGCCUCAGAUGAUGCCACAGUGAGAGUUUGGCGUAGAAACUUUUGCAGCCACGACCAGCCUCAUUCUCUGACAGUAACCCUGCACGCCAAGUACUCACCCGUGAAGGCCCUAACACUAACCCCAGAUGCUGGAAUAUUGUAUGGUGGAUGCACUGAUGGGUACAUACACUACUGGCUAAAAGGUUGGUUUGCAGGGCAGUUACAAUAUGGAGGGUCAAUCCAAGGGCACACACAUGCAGUGAUGUGUCUAGCUAGUGUGGCUAAAUAUGUGGUUAGUGGGUCAGCUGACUCAACAAGCAGGGUCUGGGGCAGAGAACAGGAUGGGCAACACACGUGUCUUGCAGUUCUGGUCGGUCACAGAGGACCAAUUAGGUGUGUGACAGCAUUCAUAGGAGGUAGAUUGGUCGAAGAUAAUGAAGAUAGUUGCACCAUUUGCACUGGUAGCCUUGAUGGUGUCUUGAAGGUGUGGCGUGUCACUCAUAAGAAUCUAAAUAAUCACUCUUCAUCCCCACCUGGGGCUCCCACCAAGUAUUUUGAACUCUACAAGGGACUUUGA